UCUCCGAUACUAACUCGCACGCGAUUCGAUUUAGGUUUCCAGAGUAAACUCGUGUGUGGAAAAAGUUAGGGUAAAGCCCCGCUCGUCGCCGUCUCUCUUCCCCCAAUGGCACAGUGGAUCUCCUCGACGCCGUGCAACGCGUCCAGCUGCGAGGCGACAGAGGAGGCGCCGCUGCUGGACGUCGAGAAGGGCGUACCCGAAGAACGCGCCACGGCGUCGCCGGCGGAUGAUGGGGGCGUGGAAACGUCCGGCUGCCGGCGCUUUUUCCAGGGGUUCUUGGCCGUUGUGUGGCUGUGCAUGGUGAAUCAGAUGAGGAUAGCCUAUAACGCCUACGGUGACGCCGAAACGAGACCGCUCAUGGUGUUUCUGCUGGUAGUGAUGGCCUUGAGUGUCGGCAACGUGUUUCACAUGUUCAGCACACAGCCUGCGUAUCCUCCGGCAUAAUCUACCUCCGUGUUUCACUGAUUUAUUUGGUAGCUAGCUCGCUUUUACCACAAGUGUAGCGAUCAAUUUAGCCGCUAGAAAGAAAGAUAUAUGGCAUUACCCAGAUUUGUGGCAUGAAAAUAUGGCAGUGUGUACAAGUGUAU